CCAAAAGGAUUAGUAGGGAGAUCGCUGCAUAUUCACAACACAUGCUACAUUCUCUUCAUACUGAUCACAUGCAUUCUCCUGGACUUUGCCCAUCUCAAGCUUCUCUUGGCACCAAGAUGAGGAACUCCUACCUCAGCCGUGAGGAUAAGAGGCUAAUGAAGCCUGUGAUAGAGAAAAGAAGGAGAGACAGAAUUAAUCAGAGCUUGGAACAUCUCAGGACCCUUCUCAUGGAGGCCACUCAUGAUGAGUCUUUAAAAAAUCCCAAGGCUGAGAAGGCUGAUAUUCUGAAAAAGACAGUGCACUUUCUCAAAAUGUGUCAUAAUCCAGUGCCUUCAGAUAAAAAGAAAUUGCAGUCAGGGUUUAAAGGAGGCUUUCGGGAAGGACUCAACCAGGCCACUUCCUUCCUCAACUCUGCUGACAGUAUCUGUGAGAAGAAGAAGGAAUACAUGGUCCAGAGGUUGUGCCAGCACAUGGAAGAACAGACUCAGAAACACUGGAAGGACUCAGUUCAAGAUGUCUCCUUGAACGUCAACCAGCGUCAGAUCUUGCCAAGUGCACCAAUAAUCUCCAGGGUUGCAGGAGAUGUACUGGAACAAAGCCCCAAGAACCAGACCAGCCAUCCAUCUCCAUCCAGUUCAUUCAGAACGCCCUGUAUGGGGCAAGUACAGCAGCAAACACCCCCACAAACCUUUCAAGCCAGAAAGUCAACACAAAGGACUCUCUUUCCCCCUACAAGUUCCUCUGUUAACCCAGCCCUUGUGUGGAGGCCCUGGCCAUAAAUAUUGUAUUUAUUAUUUCCUCAUCCCUCUUUUUGUAAAUAUGGACUUUCAAAUUAAAUUAUAUCUUUAUCUUUUUUAUACUUUCAUUGCUCUGUAAUUUCUACAUGCAUAGAUCUAUAAAUUAAAAAGCUAUAAUUUCUGUUUUGUA